AUUAAAUUCCCUCUCCAAGAUUGUAUCUUAAGUCCCAAAAUCCAAGAAAAAACUCCGUAAUUUUGAAUCAUUCCUUAGUUUAAUCGCAAAGCAAAGCAUCCAAGAAAGGAAUUGCAUCACUCAAUUCACGCACAGAAACUCACUGUAAUGAUUAUGGAUUUGUUGACCCAACAAUGAAAUGGAUGGAAUUGAACUCUCACCCACCACCGUUUUCUUCUCCUCCACCAACCCAACAUUUUUGAGUCCGAUUCACUGCCACCAAACGCCGUCGUUUCCAUUUCAACUACCAUGAUCACCAUCCUUCUUAAACCCAUUCUUAAAUCUCAGCCCCGGAUUAGAUUUACGCCUUCUUUCCCUCUUUCCCAUGGAUGCUGCCAGUUCUCGUCCCGCUGUAGUAAUUGAUAAUGGAACUGGGUACACGAAGAUGGGUUUCGCAGGAAAUGUCGAACCGUCUUUCAUACUUCCCACAGUAGUUGCUGUAAAUGAUUCAUUUGUAAACCAGACGCGAGCCAGUUCUACAAAGGGCAGCAAUUGGUCAGCACAGCAUAGCGCGGGGGUGAUGGCGGAUCUGGAUUUCUAUAUAGGGGAAGAAGCUUUGUCUAGAUCUAAAUCGAGUAGCACUUAUAAUUUGAGCUAUCCCAUUAAGCACGGUCAAGUGGAUAAUUGGGAUGCAAUGGAAAGAUUCUGGCAGCAGUGUAUAUAUAAUUAUUUGCGAUGUGAUCCAGAGGAUCAUUACUUUUUGUUGACUGAAAGUCCCUUGACUGCGCCGGAAAGUCGGGAAUAUACAGGAGAGAUUCUGUUUGAAACUUUUAAUGUUCCUGGGCUUUAUAUUGCAGUGCAGCCUGUUCUGGCUUUGGCUGCUGGGUACACAACAUCCAAGGUUUGGCAUUAUAUUCAUUAUACUUCAUUUUGUUUCUGCUUUGAGACUUUUUGUAAUGCAUUU